AUGUCUUUGAAGUCAAAGAGCACGAAGAUGCCACCGGUGGCAGAAGGGGGCGAGAGCCAGCCCAAGCCAGUGAAGAAGAAGGUGAAGUCCAAGGCGAAGUCCGUCAACUGGGGCUUCUACAUCAUGAAGGUGCUUCGCCAGGUCCAUCCGACGCUGCGAAUUUCCAAGCAGGCAAUGACAGUGAUGGUGUCAUGCGUCGAAGAUACCUUUGAGCGCAUCUCCAACGAGGCGAACCUUAUCUGUCGGCGGAGUGGUACACACUCCAUCAACACUCGCGACAUCCAGUCGGCCGUGCGCCUCGUGUUCCCCGGCGAGCUCUCCCGACAUGCCGUCUCUGAGGGCUGCAAGGCAGUGAUCAACUUCAAGAACAGCGACGGAGCUCGCAUGCCCGACCAAGCCGUUGCAGCCGAGGAGGAGGCUGAAGAUGAUGCCGAGAUUAGCUACAGAGCUGCAGUGGUGCUAAAUAUCAGUAUCCUCCUCAGGCAGCACACCAGCGCGCUGCACGCAGUAAGUCGCUCGAAGUACUUCACGGCAGUUGGAAAGUGUUUGACCGAGCGCUGGCUCAUUCCGUCCACUCCCACUCCGGCAGCUGGAGGUGUCUCCAGUUUUCGGUCGAUGUCGCACAGCUUCAGCGACUUCCUCUCCAGCCUCGCUCCGGGAGGUGACUGCACCAAUGUCCUGGAAAGCAGGUGCAGCCCCGAGCGGCGGCGUGGCUCCGAACGCCGCAAUGGGACGUCCUACGACCGAGCAGGAUCAGGACCAGCAGGACCAGCAGGACAGGGUCCAGACGUGGGUCCGGCUCACGAGGAUGUCAGCGUCGUCCUUUACCCAGAGGAACUGAGCAUGGGCCAGGCGGCCCUCUCCGGGGCCCCGCAGGCGCCGGCGAAGGCCGCGAAGUCGGCGUCGCCGGCAUCGGGGCGAGGGGACCGGCCCGAUCGGCUCUCCGACCGGCCCUCGGACAGGAUGGCCUACCCGUGGCCUGAUGACGCACCACUGCGGCCUGCCUCAAGCAGUCCGAAGCAUCAGCCUGAGGAGACCAGGCAGACUCCGACCAGCCUGUCUCCGAAACAUGCAAGGCUCACAAGCUCCGGCAACCUGAGGAAGUCGGCGGCCUACGACACCGACCCGGAGGACUUGCUGGAUCAGCACGUGGCGUACUAUCUGCGGCAUCACAAGGACGUGGCUGCCCAGCAUUCUGUGAAUCGUCUUUGCCCGGGUGUGUAUGCCAUCGAUGAUCGCGAAGUGCGCGUCGAGUGGCAGCACGCGACGGAGCCAGGCGGGCAGGGCUUCCUGGUCGCCAUGGAUGGGCCCUUGCGGCAGCCCUUCGCUGAUUACAUGGAGCACUCGGAGAACAAUGCCGAGUAUGACGUGCAAGGCGGUGGGCUCCUGGGUUCCUUGGAUCGUGGCACUUUGGCUGCAGCGUGCCGAGCGCAGCAUGUAGCACAGUUCCAUGCCCCGACCGAAGCGGCAGAACCGAAGAACCCGAGCCAUCGCAGCUGCCCGCAGUAG